UAACACGCCACGUCAGUUUCGACAACAAGGGUUACUUGUGCAGAAAAAGCCGAACCCGCACGUAGUAAAAGUAGCUUGUUUUUGUAAAAUAGCUGUAAUUCUACUACCACUAGUCAAACCAACCCUUUGCCGGCACACCGCAACAAAACAAGCACUAUCCGAAAAAAAAACAUGGAUUUGAUGGUACGCUAUGUGUCGCCGGUCAAUCCGGCCGUGUUUCCGCACCUGGCCAGCGUGCUGCUGCUGUUCGGCACCUUCUUCACCGCCUGGUUCUUCGUGUUCGAGGUGUCCCGCCCGAAGCAACCGUCGAAGGAGAGCGUCAUCUUUAAGGAGCUGUCGAUCAGUCUGUUUGCCUCGCUGUUUCUCGGCUUCGGUGUGCUGUUUCUGCUGCUCUCGGUCGGGAUAUACGUGUAAUAACGGGCUUAACGACCGGGACGUGUGCCGACGGGAGCUCUUAUCGCAACAUUUCCUCAACACCGCAUUUCUAGCAUUCUUUUGAAACUUACCCUCUGCCACACCCCGCUCAGCCAUUGCCGGUGCACAACGCAUGGAGGGAAAUGGUUUCGGGGAACGGGAGUGUAAGAUGCAAUGCACCACAAACCUUCGUGACGAAAGGUCACAUCCGCAAAUUGCCAACAGCACGAACGAAACGGGCGACAACCGGAGUGCGUGUGUGAAGAAGCAAAGUGAACGUUUUUACAUGUAAGCAAAUCUCAUCAUAAGAAAUACACUAAAAAGACCAAACCAUA